UUUAUAUUGGAAGAGGGGACCUAUAAUUUGGUCCAGACUAUAUAACGCUUCCCAUUUGGUUUUAAAGUUUUACACAUACAAAAAGCGAGAGAGGCGUGGAUAUCACCCCAACAACAAUCCUCCAUGAGAACUCGAAGAGGCCUCUGUUAUCCUCGUCUUCAAUCCCCCUUCUUUUCCGACAACCGUGUUCGAAAAAGAACACACGAUGCCGCCGCCGCCGCCGCCGACCACCACUUCUGCCGUAAGAGGAACAAGCCCUCUCCCGGCAUCAAAACACCCACUUCCGAUUUGUUCGAUUCCUUGCCGGACGACCUCGUCAUUUCUAUUCUCUCUAAACUCAGCUCCGCCGCUUCCUCUCCCUCCGAGUUCAUCAANUUUUUUUUUUUUUUUUUUUUUUUUUUUUUUUUUUUUUUUUUUUUUUUUUUUUCUAAUUUUGGGUUCAGAUGCAAAAGAUUAAACAGUUUAGGACUUAAUCCCGUUGUAUUAUCAAGAGCUUCACUGAAGAUUUUUGCAAUUAGCGGUCGGAACUGGACGGAAUCGGCUCACCGGUUUCUGAAACAGUGCUCCGACGCCGGCAACGUCGAGGCCUGUUAUACUCUCGGCAUGAUUCGUUUCUACUGUUUGCAAAAUCGAGGAAGUGGGGCUUCUCUAAUGGCCAAGGCGGCGAUUUAUUCCCACGCGCCGGCGCUUUACUCACUCGCCGUCAUUCAGUUCAACGGCAGUGGUGGCUCCAAAAAUGACAAGAAUCUCCGUGCCGGAGUUGCUCUUUGCGCACGUGCCGCUUUCCUCGGCCACAUCGAUGCCCUUAGGGAACUUGGUCAUUGUCUCCAAGACGGUUACGGUGUUCGUCAGAACAUAACGGAGGGUCGUCGGUUUCUUGUUCAGGCUAACGCGCGUGAACUCGCCGCCGUGCUUUCGUCGGAGGCGGGGUCGUCCGUUACCGCAUCGCGUACGUGUCUGACGUGGAAUCCUCAUCCUCACCACCGUCACGUGACGGGUUCGGCAUGUCCGUUGUUAAGCGAUUUUGGUUGUAAUAUUCCGGCGCCUGAGGCUCAUCCAGCGAGUCAGUUUUUGGCGGAGUGGUUCGCGGCACGUGGGGGGUCGCCGGGGGAUGGUUUGAGACUAUGUUCGCACGUGGGGUGUGGACGACCAGAGACGAGACGGCAUGAGUUUCGUCGAUGUUCCGUUUGUGGUGCCGUUAACUACUGCUCACGUGCGUGUCAAGCGUUGGAUUGGAAACUCCGCCACAAGAUGGAUUGCGUUCCUGUGGAACGUUGGCUUGAUGAUAACGGUGACGGUGGGGCCGAUGGGGUUGAUGAUAUGAUGGACGAAAGUUAAAAAAAAACAAAAAAACAAAAAAACAAAAUUUAAACUAAAACGAGAAAUGACAGUGACGGUAGCCGUUUCUUAACGUCGGCGGCUUCUCGUAAUUUCAGCCGGAGAGACGUGAAAGUAAAGGGAGAGAAUAAAGAAAAGGAAAAGAACGACGAAAGGCCAUGUUUUUAUUUUUAUUUUUUGGUUUAAUUAUCUUGUAACCAUGGCCGCCGUAUCGGCGCGGCGCUGCGCGGCGGGGCUUUUGUUGUCCUUCAGUGUACAGGGCGGCGGUGCCUUUUUUUUUUCUUUUUUUAAUAUUUUUGAAGGUUCGGGGCCUAAUUUUGUACUAUAGAGCAAUCAGUAAUUUACCACCGGUCCCUCUUAUUUAGGUAAUUAUAAUUUCAGAUUAAAAUAUCCAUUUUUUUAA